GGGAUAAUGGGGGUGUAAUUUCUAAUACAAAUCUUAAGAAAAAUACCACCAAAAAAAAGAAAGAAAAGAAAUUAGAUUAAACUUUUGUUUCCUUCAACCUAACCAAGAUUACUUUUUGAAACCCUUUAAAUCAGUAAUCAAACUUUUCAUACAUGCAAGAUUUUGAGAAGCAUAAAUCCACACACAUGGCUCAAUCCUUCACUCUGUUUUCUUUCCGUUCUUGAAACAGAAAGAAAAGAGGACAAGAAAAAAGAAGCUUGUAUUCGUUGAAAAAUGAAAACAUUUUGAAUAGAAAUUAUUGUAUCUUUCCCAAAAAAAUUCCUGACUCCUUGACGUCAAAUAGGUGUGUAUUUUCUUCUUGAUGUACUUCUUUUCUGGGUCAUGCAUGUGUGUUCAGAUUUGAAUCCUAUGAGAUUUGAAACUGGAGGUGUAAGACUGGGAUAUAGAAAUCAUAUUUGCAUGUAUAUGAUUUGAAUAAUUUUGGAUUUUACCUUCUUUUUAAUAUUUGAAACUGUAGAUUCUUUGUUAGUGGGUGGGGUAGUAAAAGAUGAAACUAGAGGCGGGUGUUGUGUGGAAUGAUGAGGAUAAAACCAUGGCGGCGAUGGUUUUAGGAAUUAAGGCUAUUGAUUACUUGAUUUCCAGUUCUGUUCCGGCUGAAUGUUCAUUAAUAGCAAUGGGAAAUGAUGAGAAUUUGCACGAUAAGCUUUCACAUCUCGUGGAAACCCCAAACACAGCCAAUUUUAGUUGGAAUUACGCCAUUUUCUGGCAACUUUCGCGGUCCAAGUCCAGCGGUGAUUUGGUCCUUGGAUGGGGGGACGGGUGCUGCCGGGAGCCUUACGAAGGGGAGGCGUCUGAAGGUAGUAGAAUUCGAAAUACGAGACCCGAAGACGAGACGCAACAGAGGAUGAGGAAGAGGGUGCUUCAGAAAUUGCAUACGCUUUUUGGGGGAACAGACGAGGAUAGUUAUGCUUUUGGAUUAGAUAAGGUUACUGAUACUGAGAUGUUCUUCCUAGCCUCGAUGUACUUCUCCUUCCCUAAGGGAGAAGGUGGUCCCGGAAAGUGUUUUGAAUCCGGGAAGCAUGUUUGGCUACCUGAUGCAUUGAAUUCAUCUCAGGAUUAUUGUGUUAGAUCAUUCCUUUCGAGGUCAGCUCACAUGCAAACGAUCGUCUUGAUUCCGACCGAUGUUGGAGUUGUGGAGUUGGGAUCAGUUAGAUCCAUCCCGGAGAACUUGCAUCUCUUGAAAGUGACAGGAUCUUCCUUUUCAUCAUUUUCCGCACUCAACAGGGCCGAGCAAAUUGAGAGCUCGAUGGUUCCGACAGAUGAAAGGGAUGAAAAUGGUCCUAAUUCUGAAUUGGUAAUUGGCAACUGGCCAAAAGUAAUUCCCAAGAUUUUUGGGCAGGAUUUGAAUUCAAAUGGUGCUGGUUACAGGGAAAAAUUAGAGGUUCAGAAAGUGGAGGACAGACCUUGUUACAAGUAUGCAAAUGGAACCAGGUUCCAGUUCGCACAGGAUGGGGUUCACGGGGCAACAUGGAUGCAAAACAGUAAUGUAAAACCAGGAAACUCAACAGAACCUUCCACUCUUCAGAACACAGCCAAAAAUCUACACCAGAUGGUCAAUGAGACAAGGGAAGAAUUUCAGCUUAACAAUUUUCAGAAUCGGAAGCCGGGAAAAAUGCAAAUUGAUUUUACCGGAGUGACCUCAAGGUCUAUAAUUUCGAGACCACACAAGGCUGAGUCUGAGCAUUCAGAUGUUGAAGUUUCUUACAAAGAUGACCGUACAAGACUUUCUGAUGAGAAGAGGCCUCGAAAGCGUGGACGCAAGCCAGCCAAUGGAAGAGAAGCACCUCUCAAUCAUGUAGAGGCAGAGAGGCAACGGAGAGAGAAGCUAAACCGUCAGUUCUGUGCACUACGAGCAGUUGUUCCGAAUAUUUCCAAGAUGGACAAAGCCUCACUCUUGGGGGAUGCAAUCAGUUACAUAACCCAACUUCAAAAGAAGUUGAAGGACAUGGAGUCUGACGCAGGGAGACAUGAAAGCAUUUCGAGAAAUGCAUCAACUUCGGUAUCGCAAUCAAAUUCAGAAUUACAAAACCGAGUUCUCAAAAUCGAUGUCCAAUCUGUCCAUGACCAAGUCAUUGUUAGGCUACUCUGUCCAUUGGAUGCACAUCCUAUAUCAGGGGUCAUCCAAGCAUUCCAAGAUGCACAAGUAACUGUUCUAGAGUCGAAGAUUGCCACGGGAACCGAUAAAGUGUUUCACACAUUUGUUGUGAAGUCUCAAGGAUCCGAGCAGCUAACUGAGGAAAAGUUGAUACAAGUACUUUCUCGUCAGUGACUCCUAUAUCAUCAAUUGGUUGAUAAUCUCACAGCAUUAUUGCAUUUGACAUAGUUAUUAGGCCCAAUGCAUAGUGAAAAAUAUGAAAAGCUUCAGAGAGUUUGAUAUACAUCAGUUGAUGCUAGGAUUAGGAAAUGUACUAUCUUUCACCGUGUAGAAUAUCAAUUUUCUGUUUGUUUAUAGCAUACAUGAUCUGUCAUAAGGAUGUUUAUAUGCAAGUUACAUUAAAUUUGUAAGUUUAACUGGUUUUGCCAGUGUUAUUAUUU